AUGGCGGACCCACGAAUGUCGUCGUACUCAGUGCAGCCUCGGAUUACCUACAACACCGUGGGAGGUGUCAAUGGGCCACUAGUUAUUUUGGACAAUGUCAAAUCGCCGCGGUUCAACGAAAUUGUGAAUCUCACUCUUCCCGAUGGAACUGAGCGGUCGGGCCAGGUUCUCGAAGCUAGAGGGAACCGGGCCAUUGUUCAGGUCUUCGAAGGUACUUCUGGAAUCGAUGUCAAGAAGACCAAGGUCGAGUUUACCGGCGAGAGCUUCAAGCUUGGUGUCUCUGAGGAUAUGCUGGGCCGGAUCUUUGAUGGCUCUGGCCGGGCCAUUGACAAGGGACCCAAGGUUCUUGCCGAGGAUUACCUCGAUAUCAACGGUAGCCCGAUCAACCCCUACUCGCGAGUAUAUCCUGAGGAGAUGAUUUCGACCGGUAUUUCGGCCAUCGACACAAUGAACUCAAUUGCACGAGGCCAAAAAAUCCCCAUCUUCUCAGCAUCCGGCUUGCCUCACAACGAGAUUGCAGCGCAGAUCUGUCGUCAAGCUGGAUUGGUACAGCGGGAGGGAAUUACAAAUAAGGGCGUACAUGACGGACACGAGGAAAACUUCUCUAUCGUUUUUGGUGCCAUGGGUGUCAACUUGGAGACAGCUCGUUUUUUCACCCGUGAUUUCGAAGAGAACGGUAGCUUGGAGCGAACUACGCUUUUCCUGAACCUCGCAAACGACCCAACUAUCGAGCGUAUCAUUACGCCGCGUCUGGCUCUUACCACCGCGGAGUACUACGCCUACCAACUCGAGAAGCAUGUCCUUGUCAUCUUGACCGAUCUCUCUUCUUACUGCGAUGCACUGCGUGAAGUGUCAGCAGCACGAGAGGAGGUGCCGGGCCGUCGUGGUUUCCCCGGUUACAUGUACACGGAUUUGUCGACCAUCUACGAACGGGCCGGGCGUGUGGAGGGUCGCAAUGGGUCUAUCACACAGAUUCCGAUUCUGACAAUGCCCAACGAUGACAUCACCCACCCCAUUCCCGACUUGACGGGCUACAUUACAGAGGGACAGAUCUUCGUGGACCGCGGUCUGUACAACCGCGGUAUCUACCCGCCUAUCAACGUGCUGCCGUCGCUGUCACGUCUGAUGAAGUCAGCUAUUGGCGAGGGCAUGACCCGGAAAGACCACGGCGAUGUGUCCAACCAGCUGUAUGCUAAAUACGCCAUUGGCCGUGAUGCAGCGGCGAUGAAGGCCGUGGUAGGCGAGGAGGCACUGUCUGCCGAAGACAAGCUCUCGUUGGAAUUCCUUGACAAAUUUGAGCGGACGUUCAUUAGCCAGGGCGCAUACGAGUCUCGUACGAUCUUCGAAUCUCUGGACCUGGCCUGGAGUCUCCUGCGAAUCUACCGCAAGGACAUGCUCAACCGGAUUCCAACUAAGAUAAUUAACGAAUACUACCAAAGAACGGCAGAGCGCAAGGGCAAAGCAAAGGCGCCGGCACAGGACAAACCGGCAGAAGAGGAAAAUCUCAUUGACGCAUAA